AAUACACACACAAUCAAUUCAAAACCUUUUACCUCUUUCUUUCUCUCUCUCUCUCUAUUUCAACAAGUAACAAAUGUCUGCUGCAGUCCACAACACUACUGACUCUGACAAGCCUGCUCAAGCAAAUGAGCCAGGAAAAUGGCGUUCAUUCUCCACCCAAGAUGAAAAUGCCGUAGCCGCUGUCUUUCCUGACAGAGUUACUGGUCCUUCGGUUUGGGAUGGAAAAUAUCUCGAAAACCACCCAGAGGAGUGGAUUUACUAUCUCACUGAGGAUGACAUCAAAGACAUCGACAGUGGUCUCAAGCACUUUAACUCCCUGAACCUUCCUUUGAUUGAGAUCAAGGAGACAAACUUCCCUCUCGGAAAUUUUACAAAAAUUAUCAAGAAACACCAAGAAGAUUUCUUCAAGGGAACUGGUUUUGGACUUUUGCGUGGAUUUCCUAUCACCAAAUACGAUCGCAAGGACCAGGCUGCCAUCUUCAUGGGCAUUGGUUCCUACAUUGGCACCCUUAAGCCCCAGAAUGCAAAGGGCCAUGUCUUGGGCCAUAUCAAGGAUCUCACGACCGGCUCGACCACCAAGAGCGUCUACAAUGUCGAUGACCCAACCACGCGUAUCUACGCCACCCGCAAGGCCCAGCCUUUCCACGCCGAUGGCACUGACAUCGUUGCCUUGCUGUGUUUGUCUGAAGGUGAAUCUGGCGGACUGAGCUCGGUCAUUUCAUCCCACACGCUCUACAACCGCCUCUCUGACCUGCGCCCCGAUAUUGUCGAGCUCUUGAAGCAGGCCUGGUUGUGGGACAAGAAGGGUGAGCAUGGCCCCAACGAAGCACCUUAUCUUGCUGCCCCUCCCAUCGUCUUCCACAAGGAUCAUCUUUUUACCUUCUGGGGUCCUCACUUUUACGAAACCGUCACUCGCUUCCCUGGUGUCACAGUCGAGGCCGAGAAGUUUGAGGCAAUGGAGUACGUCCAGAAACUCUGUGAGCGCGAGGCUCUGAACAUGAGACUCGAGGUCGGAGACAUCCAGCUUGUCCAGAACUACCAGCUUUUGCACGCCAGAACCGCCUACACUGACUCUCCAGAGAAGACCCGCCAUCUCUUGCGUCUCUGGUUGAUGGUCAAUGACCGCGAUGUCCGUUGGUCGAUGCCUUAUGCCAAGGAUGAUGUCAACUAUGACUAUGCCUACCUUGGAAAGCAGACUGUUCCCUUGGAAGCCGAGUAAACCAAUAUACAUAUAUAUAUCAAUUAGCAAUAAGGUUCAAUAGUUAAUAAGCUACAAACUGUUUUUUUUUUGUUUCAACACUCAAUCCCUCCUCUUUACUUUUAUUUUCUAUUUCUAUUUUUUGAUAUUAUACCCUAUUCUUUUAUUCCUUUCUUUUACAUACUCUUAUAUGUGUCUAUUGUAUAUAUUUAUAUUUAUAUAUAUGAUACACAUUUCAAAAAUUAUGCACAAAAUAAUAAUAAUAAUAAAAAACACUCUAUUUCCAACCUUCUUUUUAUGAUUAUUGAUAUAUUGAUAUUAUCACAUAUACAUUUUUUGGAGUUAUAUAAUACAAAAUAUACAUAUUUGGGCCAAGUGUUAACUUGUAAUUAAUAAUAAUAAUAAAGGUGUAUGUGUAUGUG